GUCCCGGUGAAGCUUAACUUAAGUUGCCUGGCCUGGCCUGCUAUUUUCUUGGUUGUCUCUCUGGUCCACUGAAAGUUUCCAUCCUUUUUCCCUUCUUCUGCUGCUGCUGCUGCUGCUUCUUCUUCUUACAUUUUCCCUCUUUUUUAAUUUUCUCUCUUCUGUUUCUUUCCCUUCUCCAUCCCCCAUUUCCCUCUCCCUUUCCUCUCCUCCAUCAUUGCCUGGGUGCCUGGAUGCCUGAAUGAUGCAGUGAUCCCUUCCCUUCUCUUCCCGGCCUCCUCCCUCCACUCCCUCCUCCCUCUCCUACUUUAGAUAUGUACCUAUCAGUGGAGCUUUAUCUGCUUGUUUGAUUGCUGCUGUGGACCGGGACCUUUGCUACUUUCCAUUCCCACCACUACUACCACCACCAUCAUUACCACACCCCCCCUCCUCCCUCCCCUGAAUUACACCGCAUCACUUUUUAAUUUCAGUGGUUCUUUUCAAAUUGGGACUGGCGGUCCUGUGUCGCCCUCAUAGAUGCUAAUUGGACCGGGAUGCAGUGCCCCAACGAACACCCCCAGUGCUCCCAUUGCACUAGCGACAACAUAAUAUGUCAAUAUAUUCCCUCCUCCCACUCCUUGGUCUGGCCUAGGGUCAAGUCUCGCUCCACCACCCCGACCCUUCCCCCAUCCCGCACCGCCUCCCCUUCCCACAUGAACCCCAGGAUUCUCGCUGAAUACCGCGUCGUCAUGGACCCCGUCGCCCCUUCCAAUCCCACCGGGGAGCUCAACAUUCAAGACCUCGAGUUGAUGAUGCAAUGGUGCACGACCACAUACCGCUCGGUCUCGCGAAAUACCUCGGUAGAGGGAAUCUGGCAGGGCGUCGUGCCGCGGGAAGCCAUGCGCCACCCAUUCUUGAUGCACGGCAUCUUGGCUCUCUCCGCCCUGGACCUGGGCUUCAAUUGCCCCUCCGGCCCGCCCAAAGACUACUACAUCCGAACCGCCCAGGCACAUCAGUCCCGGGCUGUGACCGGUCUCGGCAAGGUCGCCGGAUGUCUGGAUCAAUCCAACUGCAAUGCCGCUUUUGCCUUGUCCAGUAUCAUGGUCGUCUUUUCCUUCGCCCUCCCUCGGACGACGAACAAACACGGGGACGUCCUGAAUGAGCUUCUCAACAUAUUUCGGUUCACACGCGGGUCGGUGGACGUCCAAGGAGGAAUCAUCGAUUGGGUCGCGGACGGCGAAUUCAGCCCGCUGCUCGAGUGCGACACCUCGCAGCCAACCAUGCCCGACACGUCUCGGCUGGCCAUCAUGUCGCUGACACGAAUGAAUGCGGACCUCGCCAGCCGCGAUCCCGCGCAUGAUAAGGCCACGUAUGACACGACGAUCCGGUACCUGAGCUACUCGCUGGACAAGCUGGCCCGGGGCGGAGAAACCAUGAUUAUUGCCUUCCAGUGGAUCUUCCAGAUCCCGCCGCGAUACUUGGAUUUGCUGCAGCAGAGGCAGCCCUUCGCGUUAGCCAUCUUGGCCCAUUACGCGGUGAUUAUCCACUCGCUGCGAGGACAUUGGUGGAUGGGCGAGUGGGGAGCGCGACUGAUCCGGGAGAUCGGCCAGCACCUGGGUGCAGACUGGAGAGACUCAAUCAGUUGGGUGGUGGAUGCGACAGGCUGCUAUAUUCCUCCAGUCUGAGACGGUUCAUGGAGAUAAGUACCUAUUUUUUUCCACUCUCCAGGCCAUGAUAUGCAGUUCAGACACCGACAAUGGAUGCAUCCGCACGCUGGAGAGCACAUCGUAUGGUCAACAUAACCUCCCUUGAGAGACGCGUGCAGCGUGCACGCUGCCCGUCGAUAGCCUUGAAACCCAAGGGAAACACUACUGCCAUCUGUGGGGCCAGGCUCUAACUUGACUGGCCUACCCGGAACUCAUGCAAUCGUGAACAAGAGGGAAUUAUGCAGUGGACUGCAACAGAAAGAAGACCAAGACAUGACGGGAAAUCACAUUUGGGGAGGCCGACCGGGGAUAAGCACUAAGAGCGGAGCGGAAUAAACACCACAACGAAGAAAGACAAAUGCAAUAAACUAGUGGAAUACUUAGUUGGCUAGCCGGUGGACAUGAAGGAGAAAAAAACUCCGAUCGCCAAUCACUCAACAGCGCAAUUUGAACAAGGGUGCUGGACAUCUACAACAUCUACUACUAUCUAUGGCAUGAUCACAUGGGACGCAUACUCGCUUGGCAUGAGAUGGAUGAUACCUCAUCAGCAAUACACGGCGUCCUUUGGUAUUUCAUUUCGGUUUCAGAGCAAGCUAUGCAUACAUACAUUUCAAUCCAAUCAUAGAUUCACACACGA